AUGACUUCCGAAAACCCAGUAGACGUAGUAGAGAAUGCCGAUGUAAAGAAACCAAUCGCAACAGAUGACAAUAUUGAAAACAGACAGCCAAACAAAAACGAAGCCAGUCAAAGAACGCAUACGCUUAUGAAAUUAGUUUACGAAUUACCUGAUGACAUAAAACCAAAUAAUACCAGCAACAUGCUGAAGGAAGCCCCACCGAUAACUAUAGUAGAGAUCACGGAACAGAAUGGUUGUGAGAAUGAGCUUGAUAGUGCCACACAAUGUGAUACAUUCUUUAAAGCUUCUAGUCCAGAAUUAGGCAAUAAAGUCGUGUAUGAUGUUUUAGCUCCUAAUGAGCUUAUCAUGCCGUGCACUGAUGAGUUCAAAGAAGUAAAAGAUGGGAAUUCUCCCGAUGAUUGUAGUGAUGAAGAUUUGGAGGAACUAAAGAAAUUGUUAGAGAAUAAGCCAAAGUUAUUAGAGAAGUAUUUGAGAGAGUGUGCUUCAAUAGAAGAAGUGAAUAGACUUCACAGUAUAACUUCGGGUGGACCUUUAUCGCCGAGACCCCGUCAUGAGGCUAGAAGUACUUCAGUUACAUCCGAUCUCUUUCAACUAUGGCUGUCGUCUUCUCCUGUCAAGAGAUCUCGAUCACCAAGUAGCUCUGCGCAACGUCAGUUGGACGAAGCUGAUCUUUUUAUGGACCUCAUCAAGGAUGUCGCCAAUGAACUUGACAUCGAUGUCCUGUGUCAUAAGAUCCUGGUAAAUGUGUGUCUAUUAACAUCAGCUGAUCGAGGCAGCUUAUUUCUAGCCAAAGGGACUCCGCCCAACAGAUAUCUUCAAGCUAAACUUUUUGAUGUCACUCGGGACACAGAAAUAGAAGACGCUCUCCGAAUUGCUAGAACCCAAGAGAUCAGGAUACCAUUUGGCGUUGGUGUAGCUGGUUUGGCUGCUCAAACGAAACACCCCAUCAAUAUCCGAAAUGCCUACGCAGACCCCAGAUUUAACAGCGAGAUCGACGCUCAGACCGGCUACAAAACGGAAUUAAUAUUGUGUAUGCCGAUCUGCAACUACGAAGGGGAUGUUGUUGGUGUGGCACAGAUUAUAAAUAAAACAGAUGGGUCCAAAGAAUUCUCUGCUCGCGACGUGGAAGUAUUUCGACGGUAUCUCACAUUCUGUGGCAUUGGUAUACAGAACGCGCAGCUCUUCGAGUCAUCAGUACUGGAAUAUAAGAGGAAUCAGAUUCUUCUAGCGUUAGCUAGAAGUAUUUUUGAAGAGCAGAGUAAUCUAGAGUGUUUAGUCACGAAGAUAAUGACGGAAGCACGUGAGUUGCUCAAGUGUGAACGAUGUGCUGUGUUCAUACUGGAUACGGAUCAUUGUGAAUCGAGUCACUUAGAGCGAAUAGUACAACGCCCGGGCGGGAGACCAUCUGGUUUCCCUGCAUUACCUCCACCAGCUCCUACUCGUUUCCACACACUCUUCGAGCUAGGAGCACAGCAUUCACGCACCACGCUGACACCGAGGCAUGAUACUAAAUCUACGCUUGCAUCUAUCGCACUAGCGGUAGCGCAAUCAAACAAAGCUCUAAAUAUAUCCAAUGUGGAUGAAUGGAGACGAGAAAAUGGUAUGACUGAUAAGGAAUGCGAUGACGCGGCCACUGUUCGGACUAUGUUGUGUAUGCCUAUUGUUAAUGCAAAUAAGGACGUGAUUGGCGUAGCGCAACUCAUCAAUAAGGAAAACGGAUCACAAUUCACAGAUGGGGAUAUCUCGAUAUUCGAAGCGUUCGCCAUUUUUUGUGGUCUAGGAAUCCACAAUACGCAAAUGUACGAAAAUGCUUGUAAGCUUAUGGCAAAGCAAAAGGUGGCACUAGAAUGUUUAUCAUACCACGCAACAGCAUCAACAGACGACACAGCGAAGCUAUGUCAGGACGUCAUACCUUCAGCGGAGACAUACAACCUUUAUAGCUUUAAAUUUCAUGAUUUCGAUUUAUCAGACGAGGACACGUGUAGAGCAACACUUCGUAUGUUCUUAGAAUGCAGUCUAGUCGAGAAAUUUCACAUACCCUAUGAUGUCCUUUGCCGUUGGACGCUUAGCGUAAAGAAGAAUUAUCGCCCAGUGAAAUACCACAACUGGAGACACGCGCUGAACGUAGCUCAAACAAUGUUCGCUAUGAUGAAAACGGGCAAAAUGGAGAGGUUUAUGUCCGAUUUGGAGAUAUUGGGGUUGCUUGUGGCGUGUCUGUGCCACGACCUGGACCAUAGAGGGACGAAUAACGCAUUUCAGACGAAGACAGAGAGCCCGUUAGCUAUUUUGUACUCGACGUCCACUAUGGAGCAUCACCACUUCGAUCAAUGCGUGAUGAUAUUGAAUAGCGAGAGUAAUAAUAUUUUUCAGGCUCUAUCUCCAGUCGACUACAAGUGCGUUAUGCGUGUAGUAGAAACCGCUAUACUAUCAACAGACCUCGCUAUGUACUUCAAAAAGAAGUCAAAGUUCCUUGAAUUGGUAGAAAACGGAGAGUUCGACUGGCAAAGCCCUGAGAAGAAAGAAUUGUUGUGCGGAAUGAUGAUGACGGCGUGUGAUGUAUCAGCGAUUGCCAAGCCCUGGGAAGUCCAGCAUAAAGUAGCCAAGUUGGUAGCAGACGAAUUCUUCGACCAAGGAGACUUAGAGAAACUACAGCUUAAUCAGCAGCCAAUCGCUAUGAUGGACAGGGAGAAAAAAGAUGAGUUGCCGCAAAUGCAAGUGGGUUUUAUAGACAUGAUUUGUCUGCCUCUGUACAAGGUUCUCUCGGAUACAUUCCCUUGGAUCCAGCCUCUGUAUACUGGUACCCUUGAGAACAAGCAGAGGUGGCAGGACCUUGCUGAGAAGGUGGAAAUGGGGUUGACGUGGAUUGACCAUGAUACUAUUGAUAAACCUAUAGAGGAAUUUACAACUUCAAACGAUGCAAUAAAAGACGUAGAGUUCACAGUGACUACCCUGAACUGUCAGCGGCCAGUCUCUGACACGGUGGCUCUCGUUAAACCAUUCAAGACGCCCUUCCACUCCUUGAGACGAGGGAAGGCAUCCGGUGUUAGUGCGAGGCCCUCUAGGAAUAAACUGACGAGGUCUCUCUACGCGGGCCCAAGCACACGAGAAGACCCAGAUCCAACAGCGAAGGAGACCCUGGUGAACCAGCCGCCGCCGCCGCCCCCGCAACCUCAAACCAAGACAUCUAAGCAUAAAGGCCGACUAUGCCAUAUGUUGUGA